UAGUUCGGUUUACGACGAUCCCAGAUACAAACGCGAAAAAGUUUCUUUUCGGUGUGUGCUGUGCGGCGGUUGCGAACAGUGUACAGCAUCGAAAGGAGUCGCACCCCCAGGAAAAACAGGAGCUGACACACCCACCACAAAGCUGAAAAAUCGUGAAAGUCCCCGACUAAUUGAGACAGAGGUGUUAAUCACGGCAAUUACGAACUACAAAUUGCCCACCACCGCACUUGGGAAGUCGCCGCUGGAAUGUUGCAGCCAUCACUUUUGGUGGCGGUGCUGCUUCAGCUGCUGCUCCUGCUGCUGAUGCACUUGGACUGGACCAGUGGCAUGGCUAUGCCCACCAAGGAGCUGCCACGUCCGCUGAUCCCGCUGCACGACUUGGAGGAGGAGAAGGAGGAGGAGCUGCACCCGGAACUGGAGAUUCCAAUCCGGAGCACGCGAAAUGGACGUUCGAGGAGGCCCACCUUGAUGGAUGUGGCCCUGCAGCAGAGCGUGCGGGAGGGAUUGGAUGCCAUGGCCGAGCUAUACGGCCACAUUCAGCCGGAGAUGCUGCGCACUGGCCAAACCCUGCAGGACAACCAUCCGGCCGCGAUGCUGAGCCGCUUCAAUGCCCCCUCCACGGAUUCCUCGGAACGGCGGGAGAUGGCCGCCUAUGCCACCAUUGCCGCCGCCAAGGCCUUUCGCAAAAACUUCCAGCACAUCGAUGAGCUGGCCCGCCAGUCGCACUCGCAGCGGAUCUCCCUGCGGAGGACCGCCCUGGAAGGACUUUGUCCGCCGCGGGACCCGCCGCCCUGCAUGCCCGCCUCGGAGCGGUACCGCACCCACGACGGCACGUGCAACAACAAACGCCGGCCCAGAUGGGGCGCCGCCCAGAUGCCCUUCAACCGCUUCCUGCCGCCGGAGUACGGCGAUGGCGUCGACACCGUCCGCAGUUCCGCCGAUGGCAGCACCCUCUCCUCGUCCCGCUUCGUCAGCUUGCUGGUCCAUGGGGCACGGGAGGGGGAGGCCCCGCUCACCCUCAUGAUCGCCCAGUGGGGGCAGAUGCUCGACCACGACCUCACCUCCACGGCUCAGCCCCGCUCCAUCAAUGGUUCCAUACCCAGUUGCUGUGGCGGCAAGGACUUCCAUCCCGCCUGCUUCCCGAUCAAGGUGCCCCUGGACGAUCCCUGGCUGGCGCCGUUAAAGGUGCGCUGUUUGGAGUUCCUCCGAUCGGCUCCGGCCCAGAGACGCGACUGUGUGCUGUCCUGGCGGGAGCAGACCAACCAGGUGACCUCGUUCAUCGACGCCUCGCCCAUUUACUCGAACAGCGCCAAGUCCUCGGACAAUGCGAGGGUGUUCCGGCACGGGCUGCUCGUCUACGGGCGUGGGGAUCCGGCCGAGGACGUGUGCCAGCGGGGCGCCAUUGCGACCAAGUGCAUCCGGUCCGGAGAUGGGAGAAGCGGCGAGCAGCCGGGACUGCUGGCCAUGCACCACGUUUGGGUGGGCGAACACAACCGGAUUGCGCUGGAGUUGAGUGAGCUGAAUCCCCAUUGGAGCGAUGAGAAGGUCUACCAGGAGACACGCCGCAUUGUGGGCGCCAUGUUCCAGCACAUCACCUUCCGCGAGUUCCUGCCCGUCAUCCUGGGCCGCGAGGUGGCCAAGCUCUUCGACCUCGAACUGGUGCCCUCCGGCUACUACGAGCGGUACAGUUCCAAGGUGAAUCCCACGGUGGCCAACGCCUUCGCAGCGGCCGCCUUCCGUUUUGGCCACUCGCUGGUCCAGAAUUCCUACACGAGAUGCGACCGUCAUCACAAUGUUAUCAACAAUAAUGUCAGCCUGCAUGAGGAGUUCCAGCGCGGUGACAUUGGCUCAGCGGGCUCACUACAUCGGCUUCUACGGGGAUUGGCUUCACAGAGGGCCCUCAAGCGGGAUGAGUUCAUCACGCCCGAGCUGACCAACCACCUGUUCCAGACUCCCGGCUUCCCCUUUGGCCUCGACCUGGCCGCCAUCAACAUCCAGCGGGGCAGGGAUCAUGGCAUCGCUCCGUACAGUGCCUGGCGAGUGCCCUGUGGCCUGAGUCCCAUCCUCAGCUGGGACGACUUUGCCAACGUGGUGGGUCCGGAGUCGGCGAAACGCAUUGGCCACGCCUACCGCAGCGUGCACGACAUCGACCUCUUUGUGGGCGGCAUCGCGGAGCGUCCCGUGGUGGGUGGUCUGGUGGGACCCACCUUCGCCUGCAUCAUCGCCCAGCAGUUUAGCAACGCCAGGCGGGGCGAUCGCUUCUGGUACGAGAACGGCGGCUUCGAGAGCUCCUUCACCCCGGCCCAACUGCACUCCCUGCGCCGCGUGUCCUUGGCCCAAGUCCUGUGCCGCACGGUGGGCGGUGGCACCCUCCAGCCGCACGUCUUCAUCCCAGCCGAGUUCGAGGACAACGAGCGGCAGACCUGCGGAGUGGGCAGCCUGGCGCCCAUCGACCUGAGUCCCUGGCUGGAGCAGGAUCCCUUCCACAGUCCCCAGAUGCCCGACCAGGUGUUCAACAUUGGGCAGCCAGAGCUGGGCGCGUUGCAGGGCGUCAAGGAGGACAAGGCGGGCUUCUCGAACCGGGUGAAACCCAUCAGACCGCAGGUGGAGCUCAGUGCCAACUCGGGCAGUGGUUUCCAUCGGCCCACCAGUGCCAACUCGACCAAAGUUAGUGACAAACUUGACCUGCGACGGAAGACAGUGACGAACAGCAACAGUAACAGUAACAACCGACCGAACACUGCCACUCGAAAGCCAGUUACUGGUGUCAGCAACAAACUGGACAAGUCGCCAAAGAUCACCAUUAACAUUAAAAGCGUUAAUGUGAGAAGGAAAGAGGGUUCGGGGGUUCCCAAGAGGAGGGUCGUCAUCAACAAUGUGCCCGUGGAGCUAAGGAGUUCGGGGGGCAAUGGGACGGAAGCAGAAACUUUUACAGAGGACGAGAACGAAUUUGACCAGGACGAGGAAGUGGACACUGAGGACGUGGUAGAGAUAAGAGCCAACAGAGAUGACCCUUCUAAACGAACCCGUACUGAAACUGACUUGGGGACAACUACAAAACAGAAGAACGAUACUACUGAACUUUCGACAGAAGCAUUGAAAUCUGACCAACCCAAAGCCAGAAAUCUGGAACCUCGAAUUUUGCACCUGCAAAGAAAUCGAACUAGUACAACAAAAGACUCUCCAACUAGCUCCACUGUGAGCUUGGAACGCUCCACGCGACAGACAAAGGCACCGCCCACGAAAAGGGGCGUGGAACUUAGACAGUACCAGCACAGUAGACCGCUCUACGAGAGACCCCCAAAGGUGGUGGUCAACGGGCCCAAUGCAGACCAGUACGAGAUUGAGAUAAACAUAAGACAGACGAACAAGCAGCCUGGACUGCGACCCACUACAGCCGACUACUAUGACUCGAACUACGCACCACACUACGUGGACUAUGCCAGCACUUCGCCGAUUCCACUGGCCACGCCCAGCUAUGGCUACCAGCAGAGUCUCGCCGAGAUUGGCACUCAGGGACAGAGGACCAAGCCACCGACCAUAAUCUACUUGAACGACAACGACGACAGACGGACGACGACCACCCGGGCACCCAACAUCUUCCAGAACUUUCUGACCUUUGCCACGAACAGCUUCAACCCACUGGGCAAUCGGCGACCCAUGCCCACCACUCCAUCUCCGAUCUCGCAGAGCCACAAGGAGCAGCGGCCCCAGUUCGAGAACACUGUGGUCCACAGUCCGAUUAGUAACUCACAUAUACUAACAGGAGGCAGUGCGUCCUACUCCCCGCGACCGCCUUCGGUGCAUUCCUAUCCGGUGGCCACUCAAUCCCAGACUGGCGCUAAUCCCGCCUCCGGAUUUCUGCACGCCUCCAGCAGUGCGGUGAGCACGGGCCACUUUGGCAGCAUCUCCGGAGUGGCCACUGCCAAUGGGGCAGACAGCACUUUCAGCUUCAAUAUUCGGCCGCGUCCGAGUCAGGACUGGAGUCCCAGACCUCCCGCUCCCUCGAAUCAGGGACCUUACAGACCAGACCAGACAUACCAGCCGGCACAGAGCGAACUGUACUACGACAGGGAACUUGUUAGCGACCGAAAUACCAGCCCGUUCUCUGGAUCCAGUUCCGUAGUCAGACCACAAAAACAGACCUUUUACGGACGGACACCGGAACUCAAGGAAGCGGACAGCAACCAGACAGAGCACAAACUUUACCUACUGGACGACUACGACUAUGUGAGCAGGACCUUUACCAACUUGACCACGGACGACAGUCAUCUGAACGAUGAAGAUGUAGAUUACGUAUACGACGAGGAGUUGCCUACCAACCAACUGGACGAGACAGGGAGGCGCAAGGAGUUGACCACUAAAGACUUCGACAAGGACGGCUACAUGAGACCCCAACUGAUGCGGGACUCUGCGGAAAACUCGACUGGUAACUCUAACCUGACCGCCCUGGACGACAACUACGUAAUGCCCAUGCUGGAGAACAAGACGCGGACGAGCUACGUGACCGAGGUGCCCAAGCCCAUGCUCUCCACCUCCAGCCGGAGUGUGACGAACAGCAAGGUGACCGUCUUCCCGGACAGCCUGGGCAAACAGUUGGGCGGCAACGACAUACUGGCGGACGAGACGGACGAGACGGACGACUACGUGGAUGGUUUGAAGGCCCAGAGGCUGAAGCAACUGGCCAGUGUGGCUUUCGCACCCAUCACCGUACUGACCAAGCCGGACAGACCCGACAACUGGGUGAUCUACAACAGGUCCAGCGAGGAGCCGCCAUUGCCACAACCACCGGCUAUCAACAUGGAUGCGGCACCCACCGGGGAGGUGCCCACGCCCAUUCGGAACUUCAACAAUGCCUGGCUGAAGCAGGAUCUAAAGGGCCAGCCGGAAAAGGUUUCCAAGGCCACUGGAAAGGAGGAGCAGGAAGCCAAAAAGGAGGCUUCCAGGGAGGAGACCACUGUGGCAACAGCGGACAGUAACUAGAAAUGCCAAAUUAGCCCUAGAUUACUUAUUUAUUUAUUUAUACCUUCAAAGCACGAAUUAAAACCAAGCUGUCAUUCAUCA